AUGAGUGGACGAGGAAAAGGAGGCAAGGGACUCGGCAAAGGAGGCGCUAAGGGGCACCGCAAAGUGCUCCGUGAUAACAUCCAGGGCAUCACCAAGCCCCCAUCCGCCAUCCGCCGUCUGGCUCGCCGCGGCGGAGUGAAGCGUAUCUCCGGUCUGAUCUACGAGGAGACCCGCGGUGUGCUGAAGGUGUUCCUGGAGAACGUGAUCCGUGAUGCCGUCACCUACACCGAGCACGCCAAGAGGAAGACGGUGACCGCCAUGGAUGUGGUGUACGCUCUGAAGAGGCAGGGCCGCACCCUGUACGGCUUCGGGGGAUACGCACCCCCCGUCAAAGCGGCCAAGAAGGGCUCCAAGAAAGCCGUCGCUAAGACCGCCAGCAAGACCGGCAAGAAGAGGAGGAAGUCCAGGAAGGAGAGCUACGCCAUCUACGUGUACAAAGUGAUGAAGCAGGUGCACCCCGACACCGGCAUCUCCUCCAAGGCCAUGGGCAUCAUGAACUGCUUCGUGAGCGACAUCUUUGAGCGCAUCGCCGGGGAGGCCUCCCGUCUGGCUCACUACAACAAGCGCCGCACCAUCACCUCCAGGGAGAUCCAGACCGCCGUCCGCCUGCUGCUGCCCGGAGAGCUGGCCAAGCACGCCGUGUCUGAGGAAACUACAAUGGCCAGAACCAAGCAGACCGCCCGUAAGUCCACCGGAGGAAAGGCUCCCAGGAAGCAACUGGCCACCAAGGCUGCCCGUAAGAGCGCCCCGGCCACCGGCGGCGUGAAGAAGCCUCACCGUUACAGGCCCGGUACCGUGGCUCUGAGGGAGAUCCGCCGCUACCAGAAGUCCACCGAGUUGCUGAUCCGCAAGCUGCCCUUCCAGCGCCUGGUGAGGGAGAUCGCUCAGGACUUCAAGACCGACCUGCGCUUCCAGAGCUCCGCCGUCAUGGCUCUGCAGGAGUCCAGCUAGGCCUACCUGGUCGGCCUGUUCGAGGACACCAACCUGUGCGCCAUCCACGCCAAGAGGGUCACCAUCAUGCCCAAGGACAUCCAGCUGGCCCGCCGCAUCCGCGGAGAGAGGGCUUAGAGACUGAGACCAGGACACCCACACACAACGGCUCUUUUAAGAGCCACCUACACCUUUAAAGACUUUCUAUCCUUGAUAUUAAUGAAUACACUGGUUCACACUUCAGUUUUCUGUCAUAAAUAUAUCUCACAAAGGAGUAACGGGUCAGUGUAAACACCUGAUGGUGUAUUCUCCAUGUAGCAUGUAUGUCAGUGUUUCUAUUCAAACUAAUCUAAAUAAGUUAAAGUAGGUAGACCAAAGAAAAUAUAGAAGGAUUCUUAAGACACAAUUUUGAAUUUUUAAAAAGUAUUAUAAAGACAAGUAUUUACAACACAUUUAAGUAAACAAAUAACCUUUUAAAGCUAAAAGAAUACUGGACAAUGAGUAUUUAAUGUGAACUGCUGUGCAUUAUAUGAUGUCUCUGCUGCCUAACAUUUGGUCAUGUGGUUUAUAAAUGUGCUAUAUAAAUCAAA